UUAAUAGUUAAAGUUUAUGGAUUUUAAUGUAUAAAUGAGUAAAUAAUCUUUUCUACUCGAUAAAUUAUUUUUACAUACUAAGAAACAAUAUUUAAAAAUAUAUAAAAAUAUAUAAAUUAUUUAAAAAAACAUUCAUAAAAUGAUCAAUGAAAAUUAAAAUUUCGAAAUUCAGAUUUAAAUAUCAUUAUACAAGAUAACUUUUCUUCGCUAUUAGAACAGCACGAAUAAAUUUUGGCUUUGUAUCUUGUUCCAUCCUAAUAUACACGCGUGUACAAUGGUUCAGAGAACCAUUGGAUUAAAAAUUAGAAAAAGAAUUUUUCGCGAUUGUUAUAAAUAAAAAAAAAAAACAAUCAUCUGAACCAUCGUACAUCCCCAGUCUUUUAUUUUGUAAUUAUAUUUUGUACAUAAAUACCAUAAAUAAAAUCACAUUAACGAGAGUGCCAUCUAUGGAAAUUUCAUCAAUUUUGUGAAUUAUCCUCUCUCUCUUUCUCUCUCUCUUAAUUCUUUCCCUUUUCCUUUAAAUUUAAAAAAAAAAAAAAAAAACGAUAUUAUCCAUUUCAAAUUCGGCGAUGUUCUAUGGCAACGGCAUAGUAAAUAUUUCAUUGUGGCGAGCACGUGAAAUUUACUACUGACGUCGGGAGAGAAUGAUUUACAAGGUAGUUAAAAGCAGCAUCUAUGUUUCUUGCGCACUGUGUAUCGAAGGCGUGCAAUGUUGGGUGAAAAUAAUACAUAUGUGUAUAUAUAUAUAUAUAUAUAUAUGUACUUGAGAUAUUUAUCUAACAUUAGAUCAGUGUUUUGCAUUGUAAUGUCUUAUCCUUGAAGGAAACGAAUAGCGUUAACGUAACGAAAAUUCAAAAUUUUCAGGCUAAAACGAGACGAAUCGAGUCGCUUUUAGCUGCAAGAAGUGUGAUGAAAAAACCGUCGAAGAAGAUCGAUAAAAAAGUUGAAAAAGACGUAAGCAACAAUUCUUCAACCAACUUUUCAAAUCGGAAUCUUGUUCUUCUCGAAAGUACAUUUCUAAAAUCUGGUAGAAACAAUGGUAAAAAUAAGAUAGAAGUAGCGAACGCAUUAAAUAAUUACCGGAGAAAAACUAUGGUGAAACGUUCGAAACGUUCCUUGGACAAGAAAAAAUCCAAUUAUUUCGAAGAAAAAGUUCCCUUAUCGAAGAGGCUCUAUCGUCAUCCGAAGCUGAGUUACGAGGAGCAAAAGAACCACUCGUUUCAGGACACGUUCGAUUCGUUGCAAUCGAAAACUACGAUGAAACCUUUGUUAAAGGAAUCAAACAAGCAUACUUACGUGUCCUCUAACGAAUAUUUUGAGAUGCAAAAGAGUUUGGAAAACACGAAAGAUGAUAAAAAUAUGUUAAACGAAGCAAUUAAAGACACGAAUACAUCGCAGAGUUUGGUUAAACGGCAAAAUCGUAGAAAUUACAUCAACAUACAAGAUCAUCAGAAAACUGUUAACAACGGGACAUCCGCGGAUAUUUUAGAGUACGAUCCAAACAAAAUUCCGUAUGUCGAGGUGCCGGAUUACUCUGAUAUCAGGGAAGAAAGUUUGGAUGAGAAAGAUCGUCGGAUGAAAGAGGAGAAGAAUGACGAUUUUAUCGAUCCAGAAAUAUCAACGAACUCCGAAGAAGACUCGUGGAAAGGUUCAAGGCGAGACUCAAUUAAAGAAAAUGAUACGAAUUUCACAAAUUUUAAAACGUAUACGGAUAUAAAAAGACUGAAUAAUAAUAAUAAUAAUAAUAACAACGACGAUAAUAACAAACCGGACAAUUUAAAAAAACCGGAAAGAUCGAACGACUUCAAAGACUCUUGCGAACGUUUAAAGAGCGAUAAAUUCGAAGGAAGUAAAGGAGGGGGGCUGUUAAAGAAUUCAAACGAACUGCGAAGUAACGAGGAUAAUUUAAAUAAUUCCAACGUCGAUAAAGGAGCGGGAGAAAAUUCCGAAGAAAAUCACGGCCCUCCCACGGAGGAUCCGGGGGAAACGCGGGAGGACACAGGAAGUCGAUCAGGUCCCAUAAUUUUCGACAUAAACGAAUACAGGAAGCCAUUCGAUCUAGACGAAUUUCUUAAGGACGAUCCGAUAAUGAAAAAGUUGAAGCUGCUCGAAAAGGAGACGCGGGCCAAUUACGGGCAGAACGGGAAACGAGUUUCAGCCGACGAAUCCGAAAGUGAUAAUGCGUUCAGGGAACAAGCGAACGGGCAAAGGAAUUGUGCCGAGGUACAACACACUUUUGAUCAUCUACCAAAAUCUCGUGAAUCGAGCAAAGUCUUCGCAAAAGUGGAUGAAAAGAAGGAUGAAGAAAAAGAUGGAACGAGAAGCGAGAAAAUAAACAAUCGGGAAGAUUCUAACGAGGAGAACGAACACUUUUUAAGAUUUGUCUUCGAAAAGAGGGACGAUCGUUUGCCUGGAUUCGAAAAUGAGGAGAAAUCCCGAUAUUUCGUCUCGGGCGAUGCAAUUAGAAACUUGGAAGGGGAUAUCGGAAAAGAUAGGAAGAGAAAGGACAGAUCCCGUAAAGAGGACGUGUACGAGGCAUUGUCGGCAAUGUUGGGAGAGAAAAGUCGUGUCUCGCGGCUCGAUGAGGCCGAAAGGAUCGGAGACGAGCCUGCGCUCGAAUACAAAAACUUCUGGUCCUUAGAAUAUAAAUCUCCGAGAGUCGACAUGGAGGCGCAAGAAAGGAGGAAAUAGCGGCGUAUCGAUUGAAAUCUCAAUCCCUGGGAUGGAUCGUGAACGUUGCAAACACGGAUGAAGUGAUGUUACGUUAAUCACGAGAGCUAAUCUCUGAAUCGAGUCAUAUCGAACAAUGUUAUUAUCUCACUUUGCCUGUUAAACAUUCCGAGAAUAAAAUGAGGAAUAAUAAAUAAGGAUAAAAUUGAUUUUGAUCAGAUCCUGUUUCACAUAUUCCUGGAAGUAGAAAACCCGCGAUAGAUGGAUAUAUUUAUAGUGGCCGACAAUUUUCCAAGACGAUACUGUCAGAUCUCCUUUAACCAAUCAGGCAGCUAACGAUUGAUCGAAAUUU